UAGUUAAGGAAUAAAAUUAAACUUACGAAUGCUGUUAGAGAUUAGUCUUGCUCCUGCUGUAGGCGUAAUGUUUGUUAUGGAUACGAAAAUAGGUUACACAAUGAGCGGAUGCCGCAACCAUCGCCAGAGCUAAAGUGUCAAGCACCUUAAUGUAAACAUGUGCAGAUUUUCCACGAGAGAACUGUCAGUUAUGAAUUGUCAAAUUCGCAUGAGAGCGAAAGGGAAAGGUGCGAAAGACGAGGCAGGAAACAGAGAACCCACGGAAACGGGUGGUGUGAGCGAAAACGAGAAAAGCUGAAAAGUCCAUCAAAAGCAGGCACGAAAAAGCAGUCCAAGAGGCUUAAGGAAAUCGUGAGGAAAAAAUGAAUGUUUUGUGAAAAGAAAGGAUCGCCGUGAAGCUGCUGUACGUCACGUUCGGUAGUGCGUAUCCAACACCGUGUGCAAAAGUGCGUUAAAUGCUUCUGUAUUCAAGCAAGGAUACAGAGUGAUGAUGCUGUACACAUAGUGGCCACAAGGAUUCUGUCUCUGUUGUUGUUGCUGUUGUCCGAAUGCUCCUAUUCGGCAGACGAAGCAAUCGACGAGAAAUUUACAUUACUUCGUUUACUUGAACUGCUAGUGUCUUCUGGAAAGGUCCGUGAUACUUGCACAUAUCCGAAACAGCAGUAUUUUGAGAGGCAAGAAAGCGACUGCGGUAACGCUAUUGUAGGCAGUAGCACUAGGCGGAUUCCACAAUCAUUAUUGCAUCCUACACUGUCGCCAGUGCAGGAGCAGCAGACUCAGCAACAGCAGAUCGGUGGAAGAAAUAUUUCUUAUGUAAGCUGUUCAAUGUAAAAAAGUGUCUAUACCCACACAUUGCGAUCCAAAGAGUGCGAUUCCCAUAAUCGCUUGCUGGGUGAAUGCAUCAACAAGCAGUCGCGGUCGGUGGUGGCAAAGAGCACAAUGCAAAGUCUGGAAACAACAGCAUGCCAAGAAGCCGACUUUAUGCUAAAUGAUGCUUACUGCAAGCUGAGGAAAUCCCCCGCACGGCAAUCGUCCCUGAUGAUUGAUCCUCCACCGCAGUAUCCCAAUCUACCCAGUCCCCUUCUUAACGACAGCACGCCGCUAUUCAAUACCUCGUCAUCCGGCAACAGUCCUAACCCUGGCUCACCAUUGACGACUUUCGCCUCUCUAAGCGCCGGGCAUCACUCCACUUCGCCGCCGGCGACGUUACUAGCAUCACCUUCACCGUCAUCCUCACCGACCACCAGAACGACGACGGCGACGACCACAACGACAACAACGAUUACACCUACUACACCUACGGGCAGCAGCUCGAACCGCUCAUCUUCAGCAGCUCUCAAUCAUCAUCCACACGUAGAAAAGCGUUUAGCAUCAGAUGCGUCAUGCUACGGGAGUGGAACUCCUUCGAAAAAAACAAAGCUUUCUUCCUCGACGUCGUCGUCCGCAUCCUCUUUUCACGUUUACACGGCAUCAACCUCUUCGUCUUCCGUCCUAUAUCGUCAGCACCAAUACCAUCACAACUAUAACAGUGGUGAAGAUGCGGGCAGCGGCAAUGGAGUCACUAUGGCCAGCGGGGUACUGCAACCAUCGCGAACUGUCGAUGGCCUCCUGUGCACUUCCUCGCCAACAUCAGGCGGUACUGCGGGGCAUGGAGGCACACACGAGAGAUUAAACAUACAUGACAAGCUUAGGGAAUUAUUUCUGGAACUUCUUGCGGAGGAUUCUAGUGAAAGUGACCGACUAAGUCUAAGGAGUACAUCUUUUUUGCUGGAAAAACUCAUCUUGCGCGAGCAGUUGAACACCCUGAUUGUGAAUCUGUACCCAGGGAAUAAAGGCUACUCCCUAGCAUUUCGACUCGGGUCACAGGAGGAAGGAUGUCGGAAUGUCUCGAAAAGUGGAGCUGCUGCUAGCCUGUCGGGUUUCCCGUCGAUGGGAACAGGAGUAGGGCCACCGUCCGGCAACGAUUCAAUGACGUCGAAUGCUGGUGAUCUCAAUAGUGAAAACCUGCAGGAAACCAUCCGAUGGCCAUAUGAGGAAGAGGAUUUGCUAGAAUCCAUCGAUCGAGAGGAACUGCCGUUGGUGUUAGUGGAUAUAUUGGAGAGCAAGUGUCCGGCACUGUUUUACUGCGGUUGUGUGGUGGCGGAGGUUCGCGACUACCGACAAUCGUUUCCUAUUUUUACCUGUGAUACUUUCCAUGUGUUGCUGAAACCCACCAAUCAGACAUUGUUGGCCGAUGUGAAUAUUCUGACUGCUGAGGGAGAGUGGAGUGCUGAGGAUAAGCUGGCAUUGGAAAGUCAGCUUGUACUGGCAACUGCGGAACCGUUAUGUCUUGAUCCAAAUCCGGCAGUCGGGAUGAUGGCUAUUAACCAGCAACAUCGAAGACAAUUGCUCAACACAGCUCCAAUCCGGCGACAGGCGAAAAAGUUCUCUCAGGUCGCAGUCAACCGGAAGAGGAAAACCGAUCAGUUUACACACAACUUUGGGCUGGAACUUAGCGAUUUUAUGAAUAAGUACCGGGCGCGUCCUCCCCGCCAACAGAGCAUCCGGCGUGGUGUGGUAAGCUUCACUUUACCUAAAAAGCCUUCUGAGGUGGUGCCGACUGUGAACCUACCCAACCUGGAGCUGCCCGAACUGGCCUCACCCUCUGAAGUAAACGUAGAGAAGUAUGCCCGCAAAUAUGAGGCUCCCAAGGAAAGUCGCGAUUGUAUACCGCAACUGAUCGAAGAAUACAUUUUGGAAACAGACCGUGUUGUAAAUCGGGGCGAUACAAGAGUGUAUCACAUUAAGCUGUCCAUAUUUCAGCGGCCAUCCAAUUCAGAAUAUCUUGGUGAACUGUAUGUCGAUCGAGACUAUCGCGAGAACGAACGAAAUGGCGAAGCAUGUCAAUUUUCGCUCGGAACGCGUGCUCAUGCCCAUCGGUAUAUUCAACAAUUUACGGAAAUAUUUACUGAAGAAGGUAGAAAAUCUGUCAAAAUAACCCAUCUUGUACCGGGACAGAUUCCCAAGGUGUUGCACACAGCUGGUAUGCGAGAACAAAACGUUCAACAGCAACAGUUACAACAGCAACAGCAGCAGCAGCAGUUGCAACAACAUCAGCAACAGCAAUUACAGCAACAGCAACAACAGGUGUUACAACAGCAACAGCAACAGCAACAGCAACAGCAACAGCAACAGCAGCAACAACAGCAGCAACAACAACAGCAGCAAUCGCUAGUUCAACAACAAAUAUCUCAAAUUCAACAACGGUUGCAAUCACACCCAACGCAAGCAUUGCUUACCCGGUUACAGGCGACCAAUCCAGCUUUGGCAUCACAAAUAGCGACAGCAACGGGAGUCAAUGGCAGCAUCACACUGAAUGCAACGAAUCCUAACACACUUCCAGGCAAUCAGUUGCAGCAGUCGCAAACUACUUCGAGUCCAUCGGCUACCGUUCAUCAGACCUUGUCGCACCAGCAGCUUAUAUCGACAGCAACUGCUGGUCCAAAUAUUAUAAGUAUUGGUUCAACAGCGUCAGCUACGCAACCAUUACACUCACCAGUUCAGCAGGCUGCGCAAACGCACAUCCAUAUUCAACCGCAACAUUUAAUAGCUAGUACUGGCCACCAACAGCAAAUGUUUAACACGAACACCUGUGAUACAAGCAACGAUUCGACCAACAUCGUAAACACUGGUGCAGGCACAACAGCUAACAACAUAGCGGCUUCACAAGGGACAACUAUUACGCUUCAAACUCAACCAUCGUCACAGCAGCAGCCACAGCAGCAAUUGCAACCAAAUCAACAACCACAGCAAACGCUCAGUCUGAGCAAUGGAUCGUUGCUGCUCGUGCAACCUUCUGGUCAAAUAUCGAAUCUUACAAUGACCACCAAUGCUGCCGGACAACAGCAACUGUUAGCCACUGCUGCCGGAGCUGGUGGAAAUGCAGUGACCGGAGCGCAAAGUUUCACAUUCUCAUCAGGUGGACAAACAGCUACAAUAAUAAAUCAAGCCGGUGCUCGAACAAUUGGCAACACCGUUCCGCUGCUCGUUCGCCUGGACAACACAAAGGUGUCACGGGAUGCUUCGGGAAAUUUGAUUUCCGCUCUAUCCCAGCAAACAACAUCUGCCGGUCAUGUACAACUUCAAACACAACAGCAGAAUGUGGUACAAAUUCAGCAACCGCAGCAGUUAACGCAACACACACAGCAAUUGCAAAAUCAGUCCAGCUCGAUCCACACAACAAAUCCUGAGAUCAAGGCAAUUGCUAUAAGCAUAAUGAAUUCAGCCAAUCAAUUUACCAACCGGCAGCAGCAGCAACAACAGCAACAAUCCAGUGCAAAAUCGAAUAGUAAUGCAGCAAUUCUUAGCCUCUUGAACAGCGCACCUGCAGCGAUGACCAAUUCACCGGUAUUGAGCAGUAGUCUCACGCUACCAGCUGGCAAAACAGUAACAGAAUUGCAACAACAGCAGCUACAGCAUCAACAACAACAACAGCAGCAGCAACCGCAGCAGCAGCAGCAGCAGCAGCAGCAACAGCAGCAGCAGCAACAACAGCAACCGCAACAGCAACAGCAGCAGCAACAACAACAGCAACAGCAGCAGCAACAACUGCAGCAGCAGCAACAACAACAACCGCAACAUACCAUACAUCAUCUUCAAACAGCAGGGGUAGGCACAACAACAACGAUUAGUGGAAGUACCGCUGCAGCCCUUUUUAACAGUGUGGGAGGCAGAAAAAUAAACAUUCAACAAGCGCAAGGUUCUCAAAACCGUAUCCUCAACCAUGCCAAUCUCAUCACUGUCAGUGGCGGUACCGGAACCAGCAAUCAAACGCAGCUCAUCAAUAUUCAAACAAGCGAUUUGCAACAUCACCAACAGCAACAUCAAUCUGGACAAACAUCAGUUCAAUCAAUUGGGCCACAACAACAGCAACAGCAGCAGCAACAAACGCAACAACCAGGAAAUAUACGCGUUACUAUGUCUGCAUUAGCUACGCAAUUGGCAUCUCCACCCGCCAUCUUAACUACUUCCAAUCUGCCGCAGAGCUUCAAUGUUGCUGCUGCAGCUGCUGCAACAUCUAGUGGCAAUGCUUCCGGUACUACAGUUUCCACCCAAAACACUGGUUCGUUUAGUGGUGGUAACUCUUCUAGCAGUAAAUUGAUAAUAAACAACGCCAAUCAGCGUGUGUUGAACAUCAAUACCAACGCUGCGACAGCCACCUCAACAGCCGCUGUUGUUGCUGCCGCUUUCGGAGGAGCAAUUCGACGGGUCAGUGCGACUGGCAACCCUGCGACCGGUACUGAUGGUGGCAUACAGCUUCAAAUUCAGGGACUCACUGCCACUCAAAGCUCGGCAAACCUUUCUGCAGGUGGAAAUAUAAGCAAUAUUACUAGCGUCGCAUCAGAAAGUGGAUUGCGCCGUACAGCUAUGUCCGACCAGCUUCAGAUACAGAGCAUUGCUUCGCCCGGUAGUGAUCACUCCAAUGCAUCGUCCACUUCACUUGCCAGCAAUGGAGGCGGUGCUGGUAGUAGUGUAGGUACAUUGAAUGGUGCUAAUGCAAAUAGCAUCAUCUUUAACAACAUGACCGGCUUAAGCGCCUCGCACGCAAAUACAGCCAGUUCUGGUGUAACGCAACCCACACUAGCUACCGGUGUCAGUGACAAUGGAGAUGGGACCAUGCAGAACCCUGUAUCCGUGGUUGGGGCAACGACCGUCGUCGGGCUAGGUGGAUUAUCAAGCAACUCUAAUAACAGCAACAACAUUGCCAGUAGCAGUAGCAGCAACGCUACCGUGUGCGGCAAUAGUUCUACAAACUCAGCAUUAAUCGAAAGACUGACUUCAUCUAGUAGCUUAAAUCUAACUAGUAAUAGUAACCUGCCGGCGGCGAGUCCCGGAUUGCAGUUUACCAUCCCAUCGCCAAAAACGCCUCAACAGCAAUCUCAAACGCAUCUCCAGAUACAAUCACCCGCAGGCUCGAUAUCGCCCCUCUCUAGUCCUCCACCACAGUCCUCCACCAUCCAUCCUCAGCAGCAGCACCAACAGCUUCAGCAGCAUCAAUCCCAGCAAUCACAGCACGGCCAGGUGCAGCCACAAGCUGGAACGCAACAGCAGCAACCUACCACAGUCAAUUUGCAAGGCUUGAACUUUGCCAGCCUACAUGGCGCAAUGACUUCCAUCCCUGGAUUGCAAAAUGUGCAGGUACAAAUUCCGGGACUUGCGCAACCUAUUUCUUUGUCCCUAUCAUCAACACCAUCUGGAGGUGCCACGAGCGUAUUGAACAAUACGGCUGCUAACAACGCAGGUCAAACAACUAGCUUGCUAGUGUCUGUCCCAGUGACUAACACAACACAGGUUGUGAACACCAUCAACGCCAGUGGUACUAGCAACAUACUCUCUGGCAACUCGCAGACGACGCAAACGGUUGUUCUUACAAAUCCACAGACGAGUGGAUCUAGUCUACUCUCUCUUCCAAUUGCUCAAAUUGUAACUUCCGGUAUGAAAGGGCUUGGCCAGCAGAGUAUACGAACCGGCACACCGUUAACUGUAAAUACUGGUCAACCGGGUCAGCAAAUUCAACUGUUGAACAUCAGCCAACGUCCACGUGCUGGACAGCUUCCUGUGGUUAGCUGCACAGGCACCUCUGCGAUGGCAACCAAACAAUUAACGGCGCGGGUGUUACAUCAUCGCCAGCAAAUGGGCACAGCAGGCGGAUCGACAUUGAAAAUAGCAACCCCAAUUACAGCUUCCCAUCAUGCAGGACAACUGGGCAGUAAUUUAAACGUGACUACUAAUACUACGUCUAAUCAAUUGGUCAUGAGUACGAAACAACUACAGCUAAAGCUUCAACAGCAGCAACAGCUACAGCAACAGCAACAGCAGCAACAGCAGCAGCAGCAGCAACAGCAGCAGCAACAACAACAGCAACAGCAACAGCAGCAGCAACAGCAACAACAACAGCAACAGCAACAGCAACAGCAGCAGCAACAACAACAGCAACAGCAACAGCAGCAGCAACAA